AUGGAUUUUUCCGAAGCAUUAAAAAUUCCUAUUAGUAAAUCGCACGCCCCACUAGCUGGUGGUGGUGUUGUGAAUGGAGCGGCAGGAACCGGAAGUGGACAUUCGGUCGGUGGAACCGACCAGGGCGCUGGCUAUGUUACGGAGAAGUUGUACAUGCUGCUGCAGCUGUACUUGCAGAACAAGGGCUGGAACCCGUCGGUCGAGCUGUUGCAAUGUUUUGCCGAGCUAAAGGACACACCGAUUCUGCCGAGUGCGGCAUACCUGCAAGCGUUGGCGAGCCGUGUUGCGUUGGACAAUCAGGGCCGGUUGGUGUUGCGCGAGACCGGUAAAAUUGUGCUACCGUACGAACAUUUUGCGAAUGCAGUUAUGUUGAAACACAUGUCCGGACCGCACGGGUUGCAUCUCAGCAUUGAGGCGACGGUCCGCGCCGUAAUGGAUUCGUACACGAUCGGCCGGGAUAGUUUCGGCAUGGAGAAGGAGUUCAUUGUGGAGGUGGUUCAAUCGUGCCCAAGUCCGGCCUGUCGGUACUACAAGGGACAAUUAGGUGUGGGUUCGUUCAUUGACCAACCAUCUUUCGGUGCGAGCGGUAGUAGUAGCGCUGGAACUGGAGGUCCACCCGGAGGACCGGGAGGACACCUUAACUCGGCCGAGUAUCUAACACAUCUCCAACAGCAGCUAGGUCAGCAGAAUGCAGGCCUUUUUGAGCUGGGUGCAAAUGAACGCGAUCCUUCCAAAGCAUUAUUGGGUCAGGUAAAACACACGAAAACGACCGCUUCCCCACAACAUCAACAGCCCCACAUAAAUGCGGCUCUGUUCCAGCAACAACAGCAACAGCAACAACAAAAUCGUGCCAUCGUUCCUCCAAAAGCGCCUCCGUUCGAUGGGUUUAGCAAUCUAUCGGCUUUUGAUAAGCAGCGCAUGUUACAGCAUCUCCAAGACAAGCAAAAACAUUUCGAGGCGGCCCAUAUUGCACCACCAUCGCACGUCGUUGGCACAGGUGUGUUGGGCGCUGGGGUGAUCAGUAAGCAGCAACAACAGCAGCAGGCCGCUACCUUGCUUCAGCAACAUCAAACCCAAGCCCUGCAGUCGAGCAAUGCGUCCCAUCAUCAUCUCCACCAUACACAGCAACAGCAGCAACAGCCGCAACAGCAAUCACCAUCACAACCACCACCAGUAUCCCAACAACAGCAACAACACACUCAACCGCCCACCAUUGUUGGACCACUUAUACCGGCAAUGAUGAACCAACCGCAACCGCAACAGCAACAGCAGCAGCAACAGCAACAUCAGCAGCAGCUAGCAAUGCAAGCCCACCUUAGUCAGCCGCCGCUGCAGACGGUCAACAUGGACACCGGGCACAAGCUGUCGGACUACAUGCGCGGCGCUAUCGAUCCGCACGAGUGUGUGUCCACGGCCAGCAGUGAGCUGCUGGCACUGCACAACGGUGCGUGGAGUCAGGAUCGGGGCGAUGGUGUCGCCAUCAGUCAGGACAAAAUUAUCCGCGCGUUCAGCGAGCUGAUGCGUAACAUUGCCAAGAUGAAGACGUUCAUACGGCCGAGCAUGUGCAAACCGUACGGCAAACAGUCGGAGAGCCUCCAGAAAACUCUGUUCGACACCAUCCAGCUGCUGCAGAUGCUGCGCAACUGUCUUCCGGCUCCACAUAUACCGGUCUCAUCGUGGAAGGGUAGCGAGGUAUCUGGAGGCACCGAGACGGCAUUGAACUAA